AUGACAAUUCGUGGAAACGAGCCCCUGCCACCAUCCGCCUUGCCAUUGAAAACAAGACCAUUAUCAUUUAUGCCAAAACAUGAAUAUGAUUGUCUUGUAGGAUACUAUCAAGCUAUGUACAAGAAUCCACAGAUCUCAGGUUGCAAAGAUGUAAUUGAUGACUCACCUUUUGUCAAUGACUGGAUCAAAAUGGUGAAGUCCAUUGAUCUUCUUGGGCAAAGCUACAAAGGGUGCAUUGGCACGAAUGGCCGCGGAUCAUACAUACAAGCAUAUUUCACUGAACGAACUGGGUUGGAACAUGCGAUGAAUUCUACAAGCAAGAUUUUCAAAGCAUCCUGCCAGUACAUCAGAUUCUCCUAA